GAGUAUGUUUUUUAAGUGUCCGUUUUCUGAGCGGUUUUCUAUGGAAGAACAAGGCAACCAGAUUAUAGUUGAAAGUAAUUUCAACCAGAGGGACGCUUUUAGAGAAUCUUGACUUUGUCUACCCGGGGUCUCUUGAGUGAAGAUCUGGGUGGAGUUCACCUAUCUUGUUUUCACAUCAUUGGUCUUCAAGAUCCUUUUCCACCUACAAAUUCCGCAAAGUAGAAAAAUGGUUGGAUUCGGACCUGCAGAUGUGCCCCCAACAGCUGCUGUGAAGUUUAUUGGCGCUGGAACUGCAGCAUGCUUCGCUGACCUAGUCACCUUUCCUCUGGACACGGCCAAAGUUAGGCUCCAGAUCCAAGGGGAGACCUGUGGUACCGCGAAAGCGAGUUCUGCCCAGGCAAUGAAGUACCGUGGCGUGUUUGGCACCAUCGCCACCAUGGUGCGUACGGAGGGGCCACGUAGUCUCUACAACGGGCUGGUGGCUGGACUGCAGCGCCAGAUGAGCUUCGCUUCUGUCCGCAUCGGCCUGUAUGACUCUGUUAAGCAGUUUUACACCAAAGGAUCUGAUCAUGUGGGGAUUGGCAGUCGCCUGCUGGCAGGCUGCACCACUGGUGCAAUGGCAGUUGCUGUGGCUCAACCCACAGAUGUGGUGAAGGUGCGUUUUCAGGCUCAGGUUAGUGCUGGUGCCGCUAACAGACGCUACAAUGGCACUAUGGAUGCCUACCGAACCAUCGCCAAGGAGGAGGGGUUUCGUGGACUGUGGAAGGGAACUGGCCCAAACAUCACCCGCAAUGCCAUUGUGAAUUGUACUGAACUGGUGACUUAUGACCUCAUCAAAGAUGCUCUUUUGCACAAUACACCAAUGACUGAUAACCUUCCAUGCCACUUCACAUCUGCAUUUGGUGCUGGUUUCUGCACCACAGUGAUCGCUUCCCCAGUCGAUGUUGUGAAAACAAGAUACAUGAACUCUGCCCAUGGCCAGUACAGCAGUGCCCUGAACUGUGCUCUGGCCAUGCUGACCAAGGAGGGGCCUAUGGCCUUCUAUAAGGGGUUUAUGCCUUCUUUCCUGAGGCUCGGCUCCUGGAACGUGGUGAUGUUUGUCACCUAUGAACAGCUGAAACGUGCCAUGAUGGCGGCUCGCCACAAUUGGUCUACUUCUCUUUAGGUCACUAGGGGUUCUGUGCUGAUAAUUUACCCUUUUAGGUUUAACUCUUAUCUACUUUUGGCCUUUUCGCUACUACCCCCUAAAAAAAAAAAAAAACAUUCAUUUCUUAGUCACGUUCAUUCAAGUGUAUCCCGGGACUAGAAAGCUGGUCUUGAUUCUUUCCCUUGUAUCUGUUUUUAGAUCUUUUAAACCAUGCUAAUAAAGUUUCUAAAAGAUA